AUGGGUGCACGGGAACAGAAGAGAAUAAAUGUCAAGCCUAAUUCAGGAUGUGAGAAGGCUGGCAUGAAGAGUUAUGCCAGCUUGUUGGAAAAAUUCGAUGAGGUCACCAAGAACUUCAAAAACUUUUUCAAGUCAAAGAGCAAGAAAUCCACCAAGCCCGUGCUCAGAAAGGUCGAAGAUGAUGGCCAAAAGGGUGAAGUCAAGGCCGAAGACCAAUUGAAUGACUCCAUGUACCUCUGCCCGGUCGCGAUCGGGACUCCUCCGCAAGUCUGCAAUCUUCACUUUGAUACGGGAAGCUCCGAUUUGUGGCUGUGGUCCACCGAGCUCGACUCCAAAACCCAAUCUACUGGAAAAUCUUCAGGUCAUAACAUCUACAGUCCCAAGUCCUCAUCCACAUGGAAAAAGAUUUCCGGUUCUUCCUGGAAGAUCCGAUACGGUGACGGCUCCAACGCCUCCGGCAUCGUCGGCACCGACAACGUCACCCUCGGCGGACUGUGUGUCGAAAAUCAAGCCAUCGAACUCGCCUCUAAGCUCUCGCCGCAAUUCAUCAAAGGUGCCGGCGACGGGCUCCUUGGCCUAGCUUUCGGCAAGAUCAACACUGUGAAGCCCAAGGCGGUCAAGACGCCCGUGGAGAGCAUGAUCGAUCAGGAUGAUAUCGAAGAAGGGGAGGAGCUGUUCACGUGCUACCUUGGCAGCUGGCGGGACAAAGACGAAGAGGACCAGGGCGAAAGCUUCUUCACGUUUGGGUAUAUCGAUGAAGACGUUGUCAAGAGGUGUGGCACCGAGAUGCACUAUGUGCCUAUUGAUUCGAGCAAGGGCUUCUGGCAGUUCAAGUCCGAAUCUGCGAUUGUGAAUGGCAGGAUCAUUGAUCGUACAGGGAAUACGGCUAUAGCGGACACUGGGACAACCCUUGCGCUCGUGUUUCCUGUUGAUACGCCGGCGGAAGCACUGCCCAAGGUCACGGUCGCGGUGGGUGAUAAGCAAUUUGAGAUUCAAAAGGAAGACUUUGGAUUUGCGAAGUGUGGGAAUGGCAUGCAGUACGGUGGGAUUCAGUCCAGAGGGGACAGUACUUUCGACAUCUUGGGGGAUACGUGGUUGAAGGCGGUGUACGUGGUGUUUGAUCAAGGCAAGAAGCGGUUGGGGGUCGUGCAAAGGGUGGAGGAAGAGCAGAACGUGAGUGCGCCGAAGUGA